GGUAGUUGAUAACAGCCGAGUCGUUUGUUUUCGUUUGGUGCAGUGCAGAGAGACGCAACCUUUUGCAGUGCAGACGACGUCACGUUCGAUCCAAUCAUCCCCUGUACUCAUUAUAAAAGCAAAAACAUCUGAUGGGGGAAUACAACUUCACUUCCAGCGUUAGAUCGUUGUCACCAGUAGACUUCCAAACGAAUUCAAGCAAUAUUUAUUAUCCUACAGAAAAUACAAUGCAAGAUGACGAUCUAUUACUCGAUAAGAACGGUUCAAAGCAGCAAAAUCAACAGAAUAAUGACAGUACGGACGAAAACGUAGAUGAUUAUGGUCCUAAAGACGAAGAAGUGCAAACCACAGUAAAUCAUCAAUUGGAGAAGAAGGAAACAUCUACUUCAGAUGCACAAAAUACUACAAUUACUACAACGUCGACUAGUUUUUGGUCAGAGGAUACAUUCAUCCAAGGAGUUUCUACUCUAAAUGGAACGCUCUCGUAUCAGAAUUUUCCCGUGUCGACGACGAACAUUACGCCGGGUGGUUUUAGCACUACUAUACCCCAAUUAACUAUGAAUCAAAUGACUAUGACCCAGCAGAAUCCUCCCCCAUCUCAACACAGGAGGGCUAUAACUGGUGCACAUAAUUUUGCCCAGAUGAGGCAACAGCCGCAAUCAAAUUUGUUUAAAACCUACACGAAUUGGAGUAGUCCCCAACAGCCGACUUGGUCCGCCAACCCUCAGAGUGCCCUCUCGCCGUGGAAUGCCAUCAAUUUAGCUAAUCAGAAGAGAUCCGUGCCAAAUUUGAAUCCUCUCUCCGCUCUGAAGAAGACGACACCGUCUGUUGGGCAACAUACGAUGAUCUCGCCGUCCAAGUUUCGGAGGAGUACGUCAUUGCCGACCGGAAAGACUUUUCCUCAUGGAUUUGGAACAAACACUGCUUUCGACAUAUCUGGUGCUGAUGAUAAUAGAGAUGGUAAUCUUAUUCUACCAUUUCAGGUCAGAGAAUGAUAUCAAUGAAGAAGAUAACGGGUUGGAGCCAUCCCAACAAUGUUGUUGUAGUCCAUUCAAUUAUCAGUUAAACUAAACAAUUGCCUUAAACAAUUGGGUUAUAAAUCUGCUAUUAUUAAUGAUUAGAUACUAAGUAACUACGUUGCUAAUUCACAUAAAGUUACUAUGAUUUAUACAAGAAGUGAAGACAGCUAGAGUGACUGAUAAGAAAAAACCUACAUUACUAGUUACUUCAACAUUAUGAUGUUCUGGAAGUUCAAGGAAUAGAGAAAUUAAUAGUUCCACUUAAAGAUAGCGAGGCAGAAGUAAUAAUGUAAUGAUAUUUUUGAUAUUCUGUAUGAAACACAUUUCUAUUGGACAUGGUGGCAGAGAUCAGAUGAUAAAAGAACUGAAUUUGCAUUUUUCAUGAACUAUAGAGGGUAAUGCAUUUUUACAAAAUGGCUACUUUAUCUGGGUUGCUUGAAAUUAGUAAUGUAAAAUUAAUCAUAUAUUAAUGUUCAAUAUAAUGAUAUAUGCUGCUUGUAACUGUUUAUCAAGAAAUUUUAUAGAAGGAAAACAAUUAUUGCUAGAGGGACACGUUAUUAUGUGGUAUCGAAACAAAUGAGCAAGAUCAUUCUAUACAUAUUUGUGCCCUUUGUGUUCAAAAACAUCAGCUUUGACAUUGUCCUAUCAGGGCCAGAUUUACAAGUAAAAAGCUAUGCAAGUUGUUGCUUAGGACUUUCAAAGGGACUCAAACAUUUGUACAAAAAAGAAAAUUGAUGUCAA